AGAUGCACUAGCCGCCAGUUAUCUUAACUAAACUGGCAGUUUCAAUUUACAACGUGAUGGCAAAUGGUACCCAUACACAUUAUCAGGCUUGUGGUUGUACUUUCUGAAAGUUAAAAAUGCUUAUCCGAUGAUGGUUCAGUUUGUGUCCAACUAUGGCUUCCGUCAGUCUGAUAUCGCUCCUUGUAUCAGUUAUUCUAUUAGAUGCGGUGUAUUCACAAACGGGAAGCUUUUUGGUGCAAUCCAAGUGUUUUUUCCAAAAAAAUUGUAUCGAUUGCCUCGAUGCUGAUAUCGGAUGUGCGUGGUGCACUGAUGAGCUAUACGAGAUGCGUAAAUCACGUUGCAUGCCUAAAAAAGAUCUUCUUGAAUCGAACUGCAAUGCUUCUAAGAUCGAGACAAAUGACAAGUAUUUUUUCAAGAAAACCGUCAACAGUGAGCCACAUCGCGAUUUCGAUGCUCAAAAGUUAGAAGCAGUACAGAUAAGUCCACAGAAAAUUAAACUGCGCUUGGGCAAAUUGGCACCAGUAACGAUUUCAUUCAAUUACAAACCGGCAAACAACUAUCCGCUUGAUAUGUAUUAUCUAAUGGAUCUUACGUGGUCGAUGCGAGACGACAAAGUUACACUAGAGAGCAUGGGCAAUCAACUAAUUUUGGCUUUGGCAAAUCUGACCGCUAAUUAUCGUCUAGGAUAUGGAAGUUUUGCUGAUAAACCAGCCAUUCCGUUUAUUCAAUCAGAACCUCAUCGCUUGGAAAAUCCAUGCUAUUCAGAAAAUGAUCAGUGUGAACCCACCUAUGAAUUUCGGCACCGGUUGAAAAUAACGCGCGAUAUUGACGGUUUUAUAGCGCAGGUUAAAGCGAGCAAUAUCACUGGAAACGUAGAUAACCUGGAAGCUGGCCUCGACGCACUGAUGCAAGUGCUGGUUUGCGACAAACAAAUCGGAUGGGGAUUCAAUACACGAAAGAUAGUACUUGUAGCUACAGAUGGUUUUAUGCACAUGGCUGGCGAUGGCUUGCUUGCUGGAAUCGUGGAGCAAAACGAUAAGCAAUGUCAUCUUGACGAUGCCGGCAACAUUGUCGAUGCGCUAAAGUAUGAUUAUCCAUCACCGGAGCAAAUCUGGCGCGUCUUGCUACGUUCUAAGACGGCGGUAAUUUUUGCCGUGACAGAAGCAGAGCAGAUCUACUACAAACGAUUGAGCGAGCUCAUGCCCGAAUUUACCAGUGUUGGACUCCUUCAAAAUGACUCGUCAAACAUUCUUCAGCUGGUCAACGAUGGAUAUCGUGAAUUUGUAAAACGAGUCGAAUUUACGGACAACUCUCCCGAUUAUCUACAACUUCGAUAUUCAACGGAUUGUGGUGGUUUGUAUAAGGAACCACAACCAAUUAAUCGAUGUGAUAACAUUGAAAUUGGUAAAACAUUUGAAUUUCAUGUCGAAUUACGGCUCCUAGAUUACCCUAAGGAUCCCGCAUUCAACAACCUGACGGUCCGUAUUGAGGAAACUCUAAUCAGUAACGAAGCCGUGGAACUUGAAAUUGAUCUUCGAAAUACAUGUGAUUGCGAAGUGAACAAAAUGCCCCUCGAAUUAAGUGAGCUUUGUAACUUUAACGGUGACUAUGUAUGCGGACUAUGCCAAUGCUACACUGGAUGGAUCGGAAAGACAUGUGAGUGUAAUUUGCAAAAUUCUCAAAAUCGUAAAGAACUUUUUGACCAGUGCGUUGCACCAAGUGAUGGCGAUGAAUUAAGCAACGGUCCAAUUUGUUCUGAUCACGGAGAAUGUGUUUGUGGACAAUGCUUCUGCAACCCUGGCUAUGAAGGUGAACAUUGCGAAUGUAACGAGUGUACAAGAACCGAUGGUAAAAUUUGCGGCGGAGCAGAUCAUGGUGUAUGUUCUUGUGGAUCAUGCAUCUGCUAUGACUCAUGGACUGGCGAUAAUUGUGAUUGUUCAACUGACACCAGUAGUUGCAAAAGUCCUUUGAAUGAAGAAAGUUGUUCUGGCCACGGGGAAUGCAUUUGCGGUCGUUGUACUUGCAAUGAAACAUUUUUUGGACCAUUUUGCGAAACAAAACAUGGUGAACAGUCUACUCUCUGUUCAUCCUAUGAAGAAUGCGUGCGUUGUGCUGUAAAUCGCAAGAACGAUCUCCCUUGCAAUGAUUUGGAUGAAACUUGCCGAGAAAAAAUUGGACUAUAUCGGCUAGAUUUUAUUCCUCCCGAAAAUGUAUCCUACAAUUGCACUUUGAGGUUCAGUAACCAGGAAGACGUAUGCGACUACAAGUUUUCCUAUGAACUUGGCGCAAAUCAUCAAACAUUUUUGAAAGUGCAAGACUUUGAAUGCAAAUCGGUAAAUCUUUUGACAGCUGGUCUAACUAUAGCGACAUCCGUUAUUGUAGGGGGGCUUCUCUUUCUUAUAUGCUGUAGAGUCAAGCUUAUGUACGACGAUCAAAGAAAGUUUGCUAAGUUCGAAAAGGAAAGAGAACAACACACGAAAUAUCAAGAACAGAGCCCCCUUUAUAAAUCUCCGAUUACAGAGUUUCAAGUUCCUGCUGAAAUGGAAACAAGUGCAUUUUAACUCGCUAUAACGACGUUUCAAAACAUCCCGGUUGACAAAAAUUCAAUUUUUUUGCAGCUGUCAUGUAGUACCAGCAAGUUUUUCCAUGGCAGAUUGCU